AUGGUGAUUUUAUUAUCUCUAUGGCUUGCUAAAGGCAUAGACCCUAUAUGCAGUGCAUCACAGUGCCCAGACAUAAGAGUAAUUUUAAAAUAGAAAGGGAAUCAUAAAUGUGAUCCUGAAUGCAUGACCUCAUACUGCAAUUAUGACAGCUUGCUUAUAUUUGAUGGACAAACUGUCAAAGAAAGCUCUGAUUGUUAUGAGAAUUGCCUUAAUUUUGGCAGCUGUGACCCAAAAAAGCUUGGAAAUGGGAUAUGCGACGAUUCUUGUAAUACUCAAAACUGUGGGUUUGAUUGAGGAGAUUGCACUUGCGCUCCAGGCUGUUUAAAUUCUAUGCUGGGAGAUGAUAAAUGUGAUGAAGCCUGCGAUAAUUGAGACUGUGAUCUCGAUAAUCAUGAUUGCGGAGCAUGUGCUGAUGGAUGCUUUCCAACUAUGCUUGGAAAUGGCAUAUGUGAUCCUGAGUGUGAUAAUGAGGACUGUCUUUAUGACUAUAAGGACUGUCAAUGUGCAGAAGAUUGCUUAUGGGAAGAUUAUGGAAAAUGUAUAGUCUGAACAACCUUAUGAUCUUGCUUUCCCAAAUUUUUGAGGAAUUAUGUAGUUUAUUAGGUGAUUUUCAAAGUGAAUUAAUAAACUGAUAUAGAGAUUCUAAUUUGCUGACAUAAGUUGGAAGUCAACUCUCCCAGCUUCUCGAGGACUAAAAAUAAAUUAGACCCAUAAGGCGUUUUAUAGUAUAAGCCAGAAUGCAUGAUAGCAAACUGCAACUAUGAUAAUUUAGCCCCGGUUAGGUUUUAUUGUUGUUCCUGUGGUUGGAAAGAGUUAGCCUAGCAGCGCCUUCUGGAUCUGAAGAAAAAAUUCACCGCGAUAUCAGGCCUGUUCAGGUCUUUUUCCUGUAGCUGCUGAGGGCGGCACCCACACAACCCCUUAUACUCUAGCUUUUCCUCUCUGGAUCAACUACUCCAAUGGCGCUUGAUGCAGGGCCACAGAAGUCUAUAGUCCGCCCUCUCAACACUAUAGCUUUUGGCAAGGAGAAAAGAGAAGGUAGUAUUGAUGCUUUUCUUGCUUGUGAAGCCAUACUUGACCGAUCAAGUGUUUGAUAGAGGAUGCCGCAAAGCAAAAGUCCUUGGCAACUGCGAACCAAUACAGCCAAGCCCAUCUUUUAAUUAAGAUUAAGAUAAUCUAGCCCAAUAUCCAAAUAAUCAAUGCCAAAAUAUUUCUUUGGCAAUAUUUUCUUCUUAUCAACAAAUUAUUCGUCAAAAUUUUUCAUAUGUCGUUCAUCUUGAAGACUGUUAUGAAGCUUCAAAUUACGAAUGCACUUUAGAAAAAGCAUUAAAAUUUAGUUAUGAAAAUUGAUAUGAAGAAUGUAAUUAUCUUGAAUGCAAUUAUGGAAAUGGAUAUCAAGGCGAAUAUUUCGAUUAUUGUGCUCGCUUCUACAAUGAUCCAUAUCACACCGGAUGCUUAUCUUGCCCCAAUUUUAUUGAGGUCCCAUAUCUUGCUUUAUUAGAUUGAAGUUGCCAAAGUAGAGUACUUUUAGAAUGAAGCCCAUCUGUAUUUCCAGACACAUCUUAUGUAAUUGUGCCUUUCAAUGAUACCUCCACAUCUAAAAAUCCUCACAUUUAUUUCAUAUGCCCAAAUGCACACUCAAAUCCUGAAAGUGGGGAUGGAACUUAUUCUUCUCCUUUUCAAUCUCUUUUUUAUGCUCUAUACAAUAUUAAAUACAAAAACUCAAUUGUCUAUUUAUUAGAUUGCGAUGGUUAUAACUUAACAUCAUAUCUAACGAUGAUAUCAAAUGCAAAUAUAUAUGUCAAUAGAGAAGUCGCAUUUGCGGGGAAACAUGUUAAAUUUACCACCCUGAAUAACUCAAAAAUAACUAUACAAAGAGUAAUAAAUGAUCUAGAUAGCGUAGAUCACUGGGGUUUUGGUUUUCUUUUUGAAAAUGCUUUAAGCAUUGAGAUAAAUAAUGUAAUUUUUGAUUGAAAAAAUACUGUUAGCGCUUGCAAGGAUGACACUUAUUGUGAUUAUUGCCCUUUUGUGAGAUAUGAAUUAAAAGAGAAUUAUUACUUUAAUGACAGAGGAGAAAUUAUAAAUGAUUUUCUGUCACCUAACUGAUGCGAGCUUAAUAAAGAUCAGAUAUUUAUGCAAAUCACAUCAAGUAAUUUAUUACUGAGAAAUGUCACUUUUGCUAACUUUAGGACUGACUUUGACUCUAUUUUCUUUAUAAAUGGAGAUUCAAAUGUAACAUUUUAUGAUGUUACUUUUGACAAUAUUAAGGUUAAUGAUGAUUAUGAGUCCUGGGUAAUAAGAUGGGAUGGCAAUAGCUAUGGGAAUUUUAAAUUUGAAAAUGGAAAGGUAAGCAGACUAAAUAAUGGGUUUGAACUAUAUGAUCCUAUUAAUACUAAGGGUUUUUUAAAUGCUACUGGCAUCAACUCAAUAGUUUUUAGAAAUGUUGAAUUUCGAAACAAUGCUGUAUUUAAGCAAUCUGUAAGUGGACAUAAUAUUGCCUCAUUGAUUUUUUUAAACUUAUUUCAAGCCUUUUGAAUUGACUCUUGCAGCUUUUUAUAUAAUUUGUGCGAUUAUGGAAUAAUAUAUAUUCAGGAGCAAUUAAGCAACUUUCCAAUAGAAAUUGACAAUGACAGGUGGCUAAGCAUAAAUGACACCUAG